CAGAGCGAGCACCUAUUAGACCCGAACAAAAGCUUAUGAGCUCUUAUGCAAGAUCACUGCAAGACCCUAAAAAGUUAGCUAGACAAGAGAAAAGCUGUGACGCUGUUGUUUGGCCAGAAAAAAAAGACUGGUACAAAUUUAGGCGAGAUGGAUGACAAACACCGGGAAAUCUUACGUCGCCAGCGUCCCAAUUUACGCCGUGACCUGGAAGUAAUGAAGCUGUUACCUAAAUUGUUCUCAGUGUUAGACUCAGAUGAUGAAGAGGAAGUAAAGGCAGAGGCUACACGUCGAAAAAUGGUCGACAAACUUUUGAGCAUUCUACCCAAGAAAGGACCGAAGGCGUUUGACGUCUUUGUGAAAGGACUACAGGAGAACCAGCCUUGCUUAGCUGCUCCUUUGCUUCGGUAUUCAGAAAAGGAGGAAAUGAAGACCGAAUUCCACUGCUGCAGAAAGCACAGUUCCAGGUUAAAAGAGAGAGCUCAUGCCGUUACGAAAGACCAGCAACAAAAGGAGAUCACGGAGUCGAGGUUUCAGAUGUUGGAGACCACAAUUAAACGGCUGGAAGAGGAACUGUCAAUUGAAAAAAGUCAGAAAAAAGAACUAGUAGAGAACACGGCACGUUUGAACAAAAUGUGCGACGAAAUGAAGGAAGACAUACGUAUCGUUAAGAAAAUAUUAGAAGAGCGCAAAGAACCUAUCAAAACUCUGUCAGAAAGCAGUGACAAUGUAUUGAACGAAAGCGCUUGUGAAGAGAGGACGCGUUGUUAUUCACUACAGGAAGAAUUCAUUGUGCUUGAUAGAAUCCCGAAUGCCCUCGAACGCGAGAAAAGUUUGGAAAGACCAGAGAACUUUAGAUUUCCCGACACAGCGACAUCACCUGAAGGACUAAACGAGUUUAAGCUUGAAGGAAACCAAACAUGUUCACGAUGCGGCUAUAGGUUGGAGGAAGAAUUCUACCCACAAAACAAAAUCCGUCAACUUGAACUCAAGAUAAAAAUCUUGGAAAACGAGAAAAGGCAUAGAGAAACGGAAAUCACAGAGUUAAGGGAGGCGAACGAAAGACUUAAAGCGUGCGACCCUUUUGGAGCACAUGUAAAUAAACUGGAACAACACAUUGAUAACUUCAGUAGGGAAUUAGAAGACAUUAACAGAAGGCUAGUGAAAGCUGCACGCAGGAAUAGCUUUUACGUUUUCAGCGAGUUAGCGCCGCUGGCGGUGUCCCACCAAGAGUGGGACACCAAGAAAGCAAUCCGUGAUAUUCCAGACGAACGUCUCGACAUACUCGAGACGUUCAAGGAACAACAUGAGGCAUUGCUAGAAGUCGUCUUGGCCACAGCAGACUUGCAGCGUACACUGCAAGCCUUCUAUGAAUUCAGUAGCCGCAGAAAAGCUGUGACGCUGUUGUUUGGCCAGAAAAAAAAAAAGACUGGUGCAAAUCUAGACGAGAUGGAUGACAAACACCGGGAAAUCCUACGUCGCCAGCGGCCCAAUUUACGGCGUGACCUGGAAGUAAAGAAGAUGUUACCUAAAUUGUUCUCAGUGUUGAACCUAGAUGAUGAAGAGGAAGUAACGGCGGAGGCUACACGUCGAAAAAUGGUCGACAAACUUUUAAACAUUCUGCCCAAGAAAGGACCGAAGGCGUUUGACGUCUUUGUGAAAGGACUACAGGAGAUCCAACCUUUCUUAGCUGCUCCUUUGCUUCAGUAUUCAGAAAAGGAGGAAAUGAAGACCGAAUUCAACUGCCGUAGAAAGAACAGUUCCAGGUUAAAAGAGAGAGCUCAUGCCGUUACGAAAGACCAGCAACAAAAGGAGAUCACGGAGUCGAGGUUUCAGAUGUUGGAGACCACAAUUAAACGGCUGGAAGAGGAACUGUCAAUUGAAAAAAGUCAGAAAAAAGAACUAGUAGAGAACACGGCACGUUUGAACAAAAUGUGCGACGAAAUGAAGGAAGACAUACGUAUCGUUAAGAAAAUAUUAGAAGAGCGCAAAGAACCUAUCAAAACUCUGUCAGAAAGCAGUGACAAUGUAUUGAACGAAAGCGCUUGUGAAGAGAGGACGCGUUGUUAUUCACUACAGGAAGAAUUCAUUGUGCUUGAUAGAAUCCCGAAUGCCCUCGAACGCGAGAAAAGUUUGGAAAGACCAGAGAACUUUAGAUUUCCCGACACAGCGACAUCACCUGAAGGACUAAACGAGUUUAAGCUUGAAGGAAACCAAACAUGUUCACGAUGCGGCUAUAGGUUGGAGGAAGAAUUCUACCCACAAAACAAAAUCCGUCAACUUGAACUCAAGAUAAAAAUCUUGGAAAACGAGAAAAGGCAUAGAGAAACGGAAAUCACAGAGUUAAGGGAGGCGAACGAAAGACUUAAAGCGUGCGACCCUUUUGGAGCACAUGUAAAUAAACUGGAACAACACAUUGAUAACUUCAGUAGGGAAUUAGAAGACAUUAACAGAAGGCUAGUGAAAGCUGCACGCAGGAAUAGCUUUUAGUGACUCGCACAUGCUCGUGCAAUCGAACCUCUCCUCUCCUCUCUUUUUGAUUUCACCUGAUUUGUAAAGCUUGGCAAUUUCUUUAGGUUCUUUCUUUUCCAGAAAAAGUCGAGUUUAGAUGAAAUUUAGUUGUGUGAGGAAUAUUUUCAAAGAAAGUUCUGUCUCGCCUCCUCAUUUUAAACAUGCGUUUCACUCGUCGUAUCACAGCAUCAUUAAUUUUCCUUCCUUUUUUCUACAGUUGCUUCGUUUAGAUAGAAUCCCAAGAUUAGCCAGUUUAUUUAUAGUAAUAUAGUGAUUCAUAGUGAAGGCGUACUGAAUUAGCAGUGAAAUAAUUAUUACCUCGGAUCCAGUGCACUUGUAGAAUAGAUUUAAUUUGAUGGUUAAAUUUUCUCAUUUGAUUCACAAUAUAAUCGACCAUGUGUUUGAGGAAGUUGCUGGCAAUUUGGCAGUUUCUACCCGAAAUUGCCUACAUCCACGUUGGAUUACACUGUAUUGCAAGGGAGAAAUGUUCACAAAAUAGGGCUACUGUUAAAUAUUAUGGCGUGGCCAAACAAAGUCACAGGUAGAUGCAAGUUUGAGAACUAAGAGGGCGUUUCUUAGUCAAAAUCCGAAAAUCACAAUCCGGGUAUUCGAAUCCAGAACGGAUUUUGCGUUUCUUUACUCAAUUCCGAGUGAAGAGACAUCGAUUUACUGCUAAGUACAUCUGGUGACGAGGAUGUCGAUUACACAGCCCCCAAAACACCUUGUUACUGUCCUCCAACGGACACUGAAGAACACAUGGCGGAGGACAAACAAAAUAAUGCUUACGGAAAAGCAUCUAUACUAAACCGUAAUUCACGAGGGGAGUCCGUGCAGGCCUGUCAUAUCUUUUGUUUUCUAUACUGGAUAAUUUUGUCACAUAACUUUUAAAUGAACAACGACAAUGCUAGAGAAAUUCGUUCGUUGCACUAUCUGUUCAGGUCAGCAAAUGACCAAUAAAAAUCAGUGAUUGUUUUUGGGACAGUCAUCAGCAAAUGGGAUUUAAACGCUCGAACGUGGUGUUUAGGUAAAUUUAAUAACACACGGCUGAGACUGAAAGGGUGUAAUUUUGUCGGAAAAUGACUCCAGCUCGUAACAUUCAUAAAAUUUGGCCAGGUUAGCCUUGAUUUUGAUACCCUUGCAACAUUUGAUUGCGUUCACAGGGAAAACGCAGCACCACAUCAAAAUUAUCUCAGCCUCAAUCUGCACUUGAAAAGCAUCAGCAACGAGAUUAUAAAUCAAUCACUCAAUCAAUCAACUCUUUGUUUUGCAUGAAAGGGGCCUUGGCAAAACGUUGGAAGCGAUGCAUUGAAACCAAGUCCGUUUUGAUAUCAAUUUGAAUUACUUGAACAAAAAGAUAGCUGGAAAAUACAGUAGAGCUCUGAAAAGCAAUUUUCUGGAAAAAGGGAUUUUACUGCAAUGCAAAAACGAUCGUUUCAUUAUAUACCUGAUUCUUAAUCCAAUGGAGCAGACAAAAAUGGCUGGACUUCCUGCAAUGCCUUCACGAAAGUCAUCAAAGGUUGCAGGCUCUCUCCUGGGUAGGAUCUCUAACAGUUUGUCAAUCCUGUUCUCUCUCGUAGCUUUCACUUUUACUUCCUGUUCAUUCGUGACGUCCAACGCGUUGACCAAAUAAGGUAGGAGCUUCAUUGGCUCCAGGUCCCUCCUAAUCGUGAACCAAUGGCGGCGUAGAAUGUUCCUGUUUCUGUCAUUCAUCUUUUUUCAACUUGGUACCCGUCUAUUUACAGCCAGACACGAGAGUCACAAUUUAUGCCUGCAAACCUGGUGGUAACUGAAAGAUAAUGUUUUUGCUGUCAUAGUUUUUUGUUGUUAUAAUUGCUGGUGUUGUUAUUGUCCUUGUUGUUGUGGGUUGAACAAUUGUUGUACGUCCCUUUUUCACUAUUCCACUCAAUUGAGUUAUUUUUUUCCCCUUUCAUAGACUCUCUGCUGAAAUAUUUUUAUAUUACAAGGUAUUUAAUUCCCCUCGAUUAGCCUCUGUUAGUCGUGGAUCAAGUUGGUUUCUCCCGUUGUCCAUUAAAAGUUUUGUUCAUGCAUGCAGUCGUUCGUUAUUGUUUUUAAUCUGGAUGAUAUCCUUUGCAAAAUGAUGGUGUAUGUCUAAGCACGUAUCACAGUAAACUAGUCUUCAGACGUUUACUGAUCAUGAUAACCUAACAACUGACGACUUUUUGUGGCGUUAAUCCGCAUAAUCAGAGAUAUGGCGGGACUUUGAAAAA